AUGGCCAGAUGGAACAUACUGCCAGCUACCUGCAUUUCGAAUAGUUGCAUCAUCAAUAUCUAUGACGAGGGUGUUUGCAUCCCUCCCCAUAUAGACCACCAUGAUUUUGUGAGGCCCUUCUGCACGGUCUCAUUCAUGAGUGUCGGCCCUGGCGAGUUCAGAGAAGCUGUAGAGAUUCUGCUGCCAGUUGGUUCAAUUUUGGUCCUGAAAGGAAACGGGGCAGAUGUCACCAAGCACUGCAUUCCAGGGGUGAGACACCAUAGGGUGUUCGUAAUCUUCCUUAGGAUGGAUGACAACAAAGCACCAUACGGAUUUCAGCCAGACCUAGAACUAGAAGAGCUGCUACCGUACAAGCUAUGA